AUGUCGUGUCGAUCCGGUGGUGAACAACAUCGAAAUCGAGGAGAACGUCGAUGGGAUUCGAUACGUGAAUCUCAAUUAUAUGGUCGUCGUGGUUCAAUACAAUUAUGGCAAUUUCUAUUAGCAUUACUAGAAGAUGGUAUUAAUGGUACAAUUAUCAUUUGGACAGGAAAAGGUUUAGAAUUUAAAUUAGUUGAACCUGAAGAAGUAGCACGUUUAUGGGGUGUACAAAAAAAUCGUCCAUCAAUGAAUUAUGAUAAAUUAUCUCGUUCACUUCGUUAUUAUUAUGAAAAAGGUAUUAUGCAAAAAGUAGCUGGUGAACGUUAUGUUUAUCGUUUUGUAUGUGAUCCUCAAACACUUUAUCCAUUUAUAUCACGAAAUGGACAAAUCACAAAAGGUACAACAACAACAACAACAAAUACAACAAUAAUUUCACCAAAAACUACAACCACAACAAUAGCAACAACACCAAUAAAUAAAUCUCCAUCAUUAUCAUCAUCAUCAAAUUCAGCUUUUUAUCCAUCAUCAACAAAUAAAAUCAAACAACAAAUAAGAUCUGAUGAAAAUUAUGUACCAUUUUAUUCAUCAACAUUUUAUCAAAAUACAUUUCAAAGUUCAUUUUCUCCAUAUACAACACCAACAUCAACAAAUGUUUAUGUUACUAAUGAUUCAAAAAUUAAUACAAAUAAUUCUUAUUGGUCAAGACAUUCAUUUUAUAAUACACCAAAUCAUUAUGGAUUUCCAUCAUUUGAUACAAGUGGUAUUAUAUCAUCAACACCACCACAAACAGUACCACAUGAAACAUUAAAUAAUAAUUCAAUUGAUAAUUUAUCAUCUUAUUUUACAUAUAAUCCAACCAAUGGUAUUAAUAAAUUAUCAGCUAUUCAUAAUGAUUGUUCAACAAAUUUUGAUCUUUAUUCAUAA